AUGCCGAGGACGUCCUUGGAGUCGGUCGCUUCUGACUUCAUUUCGCCUUUACAAAUACCCAAGAGUGCGCUAAAAGGGUCGCCGUUGGAGUCGCCGUUAGACGAGAACACAAACGGACAAGCAAAUCCUAAUGCGGGAGCGUCGUCGAAAAACAAAAACAGACCGCCAGGCACGGUAGCAGACCUGAAGUCCUUCCUAGCGAAUAUGGAGACCGAAAGGCAGCGGUUGAUGGACACCAACGUAUCGCCAGCGCCAGACUAUCUAGCGAAAAGGCGUUCGACUGCGGGGUUGGAAACGACAUUGUUUGACCGGUAUGCUACUGUUGCACCUGCAGCUCGCGGAAGUGCUGGAGACAUUUCCUUGGCUAGCGCGUCGUCGCCUCCGAGUAGAAAUGAUAAGACCGAACAAGAGAUUGGACAGAAUCAUGACAGGGUACAAAGCAGUGCAGGGGGCCAAAGUUCUUCUGUCCUUCCUACAGCCGACGAGAAGAGACCCAGCAUAGCUGGAAAUACUACUUCGCCUGCUUCACCAGAGGGUCGAGAAGUUCGAUUUUCUACGACUGACGAGUCCCCACCAGGUACGAUGCGGCCAGCAAGUUCUUUCUUUAUAGAGCAGAGCAUGCAGCCUGAGGAACUUUCGCGGCUCCUGGCUUUCUCCAAAGAUGGACGAGAAAAAUUGCGUCUGGCCGAAAUGGAGGUAACCAUGGGAACAGACGCACUCGCAAAUUCCUUGCGAUUCUCUCCAGAAAAAGCUGCGAGUGAUUUUCGCGCGGCUUCUAGGAAUCAAAAGCUCUCGCCAAAUGUCGAUGCUACUCAAAUGCAAAUACUGCCACGACAAGGGGUCGCUCAUCCAACUGCAGCAGCAGGAAUAGAGGAUACUCGUACUACGAAUACCGAUGUUGACGCGAUUUCGACUGCCACCACUUCAUCUGCUGCAGCGCUGGUUUCGCAUUUGCGUGGGCGCGUCUUUGUUGGAGAUGCUAGAGAAGAUGACAUUGAUAAAGGCAGCAACGAUUCUUCGGAUGAUGAUAGACCUUCUUUUGAUGUGGACAAGCGACUAGUACGCGAGUCAAGAACAAAUAGCCGCUCUUCAUCAAAGAAUAACAAGAAUAAAGACGUAGGAAUCAAGAAGAACACGCCGGUGACAAACGAGGCGCAAUAUCUGUCAUCCGCAAAAACGCGUAUGAUUCCGCCAACAAUGCGGGUCUUAGACCUGCAGAGCGGGAACACCAUGCUACCUGGGCAACAGCCACCAGCACCAACUCGGAUCCUUCAGCCGUCUCCAAUGACUGCAUCCGCAGGCCGAAAUCAUCCUUCAACAUCUGGAGGAGAUGCUUUGGGAGGAACGCUGCUUGGCGCGAGUGCGAGAGGAACGCCACUAUCCUCGUCCACUUCCUCCUUGAUUAAGGCUUCACUUAAUGCAUCUUUUAGCCCAUGUGUAAGCUGUCUUCAAGUAGAAAAAUGGACCCAGAUGAUGGCGCCAAAGAUGGCAGUGAGUUCUAACGUGAGCGGAUCAACUUCAACGCGUGCGCAAGGUCCGAAUAGCAAGGUAGUAGGUCCUCCUGGCGGGGGCCACGUGCCGCGUGAUCCUGUCUACGUGAGUGCCGGUGUCAUGAAAGUGGUCGACAUUGAUAGUCACGGCUUCUUCAGCAACCUUAGCGGGUCUUUCAGCGAAGAAGAUGUCAAUGAUCAUUCGGGCUUAGUAGCAGGUUCGGGUUUGGGAACGAAUACAAAAAUGAAUCAAAAUUUAUGUUCUUCAUCUUCACUGACAAAGGGAAAGAUGGACGUUGUAGUUGCAUCAAAACCAAGGAGGACAUCGACAUCGCUUCCUGAUCAUGAUGAUGUAGAGAAAGUAGUAGAUGUGGCAGUCAGGACAGGUGGUCCGACCGGGAAGAGAAAGGCUCGACCAAGAUAGUGACGCAUCUCUUUCUAGUAAGGCUCUCACACUCUGCUCCCAAGUGUAAGUGUAGGACGAUCUGUAGAGACAGGAAUGAAAUCUCGUCAUGGGGGUCUUUCUAACUCUUCUUCACGCGGGGAUA